CGUUCGCUCCUCGCUGUCUGUCUCUCCCUCUCUGUCUGUGCUGGAAGUGGUCAUGGCUGUAAAUACAGGUCGUAGUGUGGUGUUUGUUACCGGUAACGCGAGGAAGCUGGAGGAGGUUGUUCAAAUUCUGGGUGACAAGUUUCCUUUCACACUUGUUUCCAAAAAGAUUGACUUGCCAGAGUAUCAGGGUGAUCCCGAUGAAAUCUCUAUCAAGAAAUGUCAGGAAGCAGCCAGGCAAAUCCAGGGUCCGGUUAUAGUAGAAGACACCUGUUUAUGUUUCAAUGCUCUUGGUGGCCUUCCAGGUCCAUAUAUAAAAUGGUUCCUGGAGAAGUUGUGUCCUGAAGGCUUGUUUAAGAUGCUAGCAGGCUUUGAAGACAAAUCAGCAUAUGCACUCUGCACUUUUGCAUACAGCACAGGAAACCCGAACGACCAAGUAAAGCUCUUUCAAGGGAAAACACCGGGUAAAAUAGUCGAUCCCCGUGGACCCAGGAACUUUGGUUGGGAUCCUUGUUUUCAGCCCGAUGGAUUUGAUCAAACCUAUGCAGAAAUGCCCAAAGCAGUAAAGAAUUCAAUAUCCCACCGUUAUAAAGCACUUCGUGAAUUGGCCGAUCAUUUUAUUGAAAAUAACGAUUCUUCCAAAAAGGCCAGGCUGGAAGGGAACAGCCAUUAGUACCUGUUUGUACAUCUUCUGUUUAACAAAAAUACAUGAAUGUAAUUUGUAUCAAACUGGUGAUAAUAAAUAUCUAACUAUAUACUUUU